UAUCCUAACUUCGUCGCAAUCACUGUCAGUAUCAGCAUUAUUAUUCGAGUAGUAGUAUGGUUGCCACGAUCCGCAAGCCCGCGCCCGCGUUCACCGCGCCCGCCGUCGUCAACGGCGAGUUCGAAGACAUCAGUUUGUCCGACUUUCUGGGCAAGUACGUGGUCUUGUUCUUCUACCCGCUCGACUUUACGUUUGUAUGCCCGACCGAGAUCAUUGCGUUCUCGGAUCGCGUGGCCGAGUUUGAAAAGCUCAACACGGUGGUGCUCGCGGCGUCGUGCGACUCCAAGUUCUCGCACUUGGCGUGGAUCAACCACCCCCGCAACGACGGCGGCCUCGGGCCCAUGAACAUCCCGGUCAUUUCGGACAUCACCAAGAAGAUCGCGCGUGACUAUGGCGUGCUCAUCGAAGAUGGCGACGACGCCGGCGUGCCUUUCCGCGGCCUCUUUAUCAUCGACUCCAAGGGCACCCUGCGCCAGAUCACCGUGAACGACCUGCCCGUGGGCCGCAACGUGGACGAAAUCCUUCGACUCGUGCAGGCGUUCCAGUACACGGACGAGCACGGCGAAGUGUGCCCCGCGGGAUGGACCCCCGGUGCCGCCACCUUGGUCGCCGACCCCAACGGGUCUAAGGCGUACUUUAACGCUCAAAACAAGCGCAAGGCGCAUUGAGGAACGAAAUGAAAGCAAGCAAGGAUAGACAUAAUACGAUGGCUUAUUGUGUUAAUCUGUCGAAACUGCCACGAUUUGGAGAA